AUGGACCGCCCCACCACCGUGCCGCUGCAUCUCACCAGCCUGGCCAUUCUUGCGCCCUCGAAUGCGCCGCUCUACGUCCACGCGUUCACGGGCAAGGACGACGAGCUGCGCGCGUACCACCUCGCCCACGCCGCCGUCGACGUGAUCGAGGAGAGGAUCGUUGUCAACUCGUCGCCUAACCGCCCGGCAGACAGCUACCUCGGUCUCCUGUUCUGCAUGGAGGACAUGGCCUUCUACGGCUUCCAGACCAACACCAAGCUCCGCAUCGUGCUCUCCGUGGCCCUCGUCGACGCACCCAUCAAGGACGCCGACAUUGUCGCCAUCUUCCGUGUCGUCCACCAGCUCAUCCUCCAGGCCACGCACAACCCCUUCAUCUCCCUCCCGGCGACGUUCAAGGCCACGCCCGCGCCGCCCGUCCCGGAAUCUACCACCCCCACGCCAGGCAAUGGCGGUGGUAAAGAGAAGGACAUCGUGGACGAGGCGGCCGACGCGGUGGCCGAGGCGACGGCGCGCCUGGCGGUGGACGCGGACGGCAAGGAACUGCGCAACGAGCCCGUGCCCGACGACACAAUGUUUGCGUGUGGGCCCGACGACCUGCGGCCAGAGUGGUUCCAGGGCCAGAGGUUCACCAGGGGCGUGGAGCGCCUGGGCGACAUGCUGUCCGGAGCGCGGCCAUGA